ACUCGACGACACUAUGGAGGGGGGUGGAAUAAGGCGCAGGAGUUCCAGGCUCUCGGGGAUGUUCGAUGCCGCCUCCAAAGCUGUGGCUCAGCUGAUUCAACGCGACAAUGAUCCCGAGGAGGAUCCAGAUUUCAUAGCUAGAAACCCUCGCUGGGAAGAUCGUUUGCCUCCUAUUGGAGGAGCGCUCAAGCCAGAGGAAGAGAAGACUGCUGCCUUGUUAGCUGCAUUGGGAGAUCUUCCUCGUGCCACUGACUCCUUGCCCAGGAAGAACUGGAAAAAAGCUUACAAAGCAGUCAAGCGAAUGCUGGUGGUAAGAAGAAAGGCAAGACGCAGUGCUAUAGGGACUGGAGCUCGACUAGAUGGUCAUGCUCUUGGGUUUUGGAGUCCCUACAGUACUACUCGGCUGAGGCUCUUCAUGUUUCUCUAUAGCCAGAAAGUAGAGUAUUUUAUUCUGUUUCUCAUCUGGGCUCACCUCAUAGUGUUCAUUUUCCAAGUAAAAAUUGGCAACAGAUCAGAACGCUGGACUGAUAUAAGGAAUUUCAAGCUUGACUUUUUGGACGGUUUAAUCACAGCACUAAGCACGCUGGAAGUGAUUCUAAAGGUUUUUGUCCUAGGCCUCUACAAGAAACGUCAUUGCUACCUUCGCAACCCAUACAACCGGCUCGAUUUUGCUAUGGUCAUUGAUUCCUGGCUAUCAUGGCGGCGGUGAAACGAAGCGUUCGUCCGCUUGAAAAUGUCAUCCUGCUUACUUUUUUCUGGCUGGUUUUCU